UUUCGGUUUAACCAUGGGUUAACAAUAAUACAUGUUGAAAUUUACGAAUCACUUUAUUUAAUAUUUGAAACCACGUUCGACUUGUAUGGUCUAAAGAAUAAAGUGUAUCCAAUGGAGUGUCCGAAUUUAUUUUUAAAAGUCUAUUUUUUUUAAUAUCUCGAAUAACUCAUUUAUUAAGUAAUUUAUUAGGCGACACUAGAUCUGUUACAUAAAAAUCUGGCUUUUGUGUACAUACAAUAUGGCCGACAUAAACUAAAACCAUGAUCAUGGAAAAAUACUUUGAUAAAAAGUAGACUUAAAUGAACAAAGGAGAAGUCUCUAAAAUGACUAAAGAAAAGGGACUUCAUCCAACUUCACCUAUCCAUGUUCAUGCAGAUGAUACCCAUGUACAUGUUAAAAAAGGAAAAAAGAAGACUACAUUAGCUAAGUCAUCCAGUAAUUCAAGGCUCCAGAAAGCAACAGCUUCCUCUCGAGCAAGAGCCCGCAGUGUGAGCCCACCUUCUAAAUCAGGUCCUUGGGUGCCUGCACCUGGUAAAGCAACAAGGGGAGGUCGAAUCAGCUGGCAGGGUGCAAAUCAAAAACUUGAGGUUGGUCAUUUGCGAAGUAGUGACUUGUCAACAGAUGAAGAAGAGCGAGUUGGUGGAGAGGUCAGAUGUUAUGAAAAGAAGAUCAACACCUUAUUAAAUGAAGUAGGCUCUUUGAAGAAUGAGGGUAAGACAUUGAACACUUGCAGGUUACACUGUGUUGCCCAUGAACUCAAACUUGUUGUUUUGCAAAAAGCCCUGAAAGAAAUUGAGCAUAAAGAUGAUCUGCUCAACUCCUCCACACGCAUGCUGGAAAGACAGGAGGCAGAGCUAGAGAAUGUGGAGGAGGAAUUGGCCGUCACAGAAACAGAGAACAAAAUACUCAGGCAAAACAUGCAGUUGAUAGCAGAGGAGGCAGAAAUAACAAAUAAAGAACUGUGUACCAAUAAGAAACAAAAUGAUCAUGAGACCAGCUCAUGGAGUUCCAGUUGCUCCCAUCAUACAAGUAAAUGUAGCUCACUAAAUCUGUAUAACACUGGCUCCAGUUCUGAUGUGAAGAGCUCAGUCCAUCUGUCUGAUCAAAGAAGUGAAAAAGAUCUUCUUAAUUAUGAGAGAGAAAAACUGAUGAAGAAAUUGAUUGAGGCUGAAAUGGACAGUCAGGCUGCAGCUCACCAGGUCCGAGAUCUGAAAGAGUUAAUCAAACGCCUCAGAGAUAACUACCACAUGUCUACAGCUGACCAAGCACGGUUUGCUAAGCAGAAAGAAUUGUUUUUAGAGGCCAUGGCAGAGUUUGAGGCUUCCAACAGGACAUUAAGGAGGCUUCUCCGUGACCAGCACAGAAUUGAGGCAUCGAGUUUACGUUUAAGUGAACAGAGAGAUGUGCUGAUGAGAAAACUUGCUGAUGCUGAUAUGGUCAAUGAGAGAAUGAAAAAUCAACUUUUAGAUUGUGAAAGUUUAAUAUCUGAACUUAGAAAUCAGCUCCAUGUUGAAAAAGAAGAAAGAGUGGCACUGGGUAACUUACAGGGCUCACUGGAGAGUACACGGGCCCACUUACAGAAACAGCUGCGGCUCAAAGAAGCAGAUUGUAACAGAAUGGCAGUACAGAUUAGGAGUCUUGAAGGCCAGUUGACAAAGGAACGGGUAGAGAAGGAACAUUUUCAAGAGUUGUCGGGCUCAUCUAAGAACAGAAUAGAUAAAGAUAAAGAAACACUGAAGAAAGCUGCUAGGGCACAAAAGGUCCGAGCAGAGAGGUUGGAGGAGGAGGUCAGUCACCUGACCAAACGAUUGACUGAACUGCAAUGUCAGGGCUCAGAGCAAACUGCCAAACUGACCACAACUAACUCUAGGUUUGAAAACUUAGCAAGAGAGAGGGAACUGUUGACAAAAGACUGUAGCCUCUAUAGGGCGAAAAUAGCUGAACUGGAAGCUCUUGUAGACAGACUGGAAUCUAAUGCCAAGGCUCAGAAUGAAACACUGACGAGUAAGAUUCAUGAGAGAGUGACAGAAAGUACAAGCAUGAGACUGGAGAAUGAGAGACUUAAGAGUACAGUCACUAUUUUAGAAGGCAAAGUCAGGCAGUCUGAGGAAGAUGUUCAACAACUAAGGGGGACAAUCAAACAGUAUGAGAAGUUAGUGGAUGAAUACAAGGAACAGGUUCUAAAUGAUUGUAUUAGAUGGAAACCAGCUUUAGCUCAAAUACUCGCUGGUAGGACAAGGCACGAGGCAGAUGAAUCAUUUGUCAAACUGGAGGAACAGUCAAGGGAGAAGGAGAGAAUUCAAAGAGAAGGGGAGCUAGAACUGGAAAAGGUCAAGAUAAGGCUCCAUCAACGUCUGCAGGAGCUAGAACCCCUACCUGAGAUGUUGAGAGCCACUGAGUUGAAACUGCAUGAAGCCAAUGAAAAACUUUCUAGCUUUGAGUCCCGGCAUGCAGACAGUAUGAGAAUUAUUGCUGAUCUUACUGCUAAGCUUGAGUUUCACUCUGAGACAGUGGAGCAUUUCAAACAUAAAUGCAAUGAUUCACAAGACUCCAACAGAUCUCUGCAAUCCAAGUAUGAUCAAUUGGAAAGGAGGCUGAAGGAAUUAGAAGACCAAAACACAGAAUUGCAUACCAGUCAGGUUAAGAUGCAGGAAGUCUUGCACCAAGAGUCACUCCGCCUUGAAGAGAAAGCUAGAGAGAAUGUGAGUUUGACAAGACAGCUAGAAAAUGCUCUAUCAGACAACAGACAGAUACAGGAGCACAGCAGAGAACGCUUUGCUUCAAAGGAAAGAACCUACCAGUCUCGUAUAGCUGAUCUAGAGACACAACUCAGCCAGCUCAGAGCAGAUUUGGCCAAAAUUAUGAGAGAGAAAGAAGAGAAUGAAAGGAAGUUUAAUUCAAGGCUAUAUGACCUGAAAGACAGAUUGGAACAGUGCCAUUCCACCAACCGUUCCAUGCAGAAUUAUGUCCAGUUCCUCAAGAACUCAUACUCCAAUGUAUUUGGUGAAACAUCCUCCUCUUUUCCAGCUCCACCAUCUCCUGUCAAGCAGUUCCCUUAACCUUGUAGCACAUACCUAUCUAUCUAGCUUCCAAUUGUCUGAUUCGUUGUGAUUAAAGUGUCUCUUUUGAAACGAAUUCAUGUAUAUAUGGCAGUGAAGUUUGUAACUAUGUUACAACAAAAAAUAUUUUUCUAGUUUUCUAAUAUUUAUUUAUUCUUGAAUACUAUCAAAUAUAUUCCACGGGACUUACAGAUCUUUUUGUCCACAUACUCAUUGUAUACAUUAAUUUAUAUAUCUCUUUAAUUAUUCUGCAUUAGUAUAUAUCACUCAGAUAAUACAAAUAGUUGUGACUUAGGAAUAUUUCAUUUGUACUUUUCUUUGACUUUGUUUCUGUGACAUUAAGAUGAAAAUAAUCAUUAUGAAAAUGAAAUCACAAGUUUUUAUCAUUUUGUCUCUGUUGAGUUGAGGAUAAAAACUAUAUUUAUGACAUAUUUUUGAAGAUCACCAAACUGUUCUAAUAAUUUGAUGCAUAAAUAUAUUUCACUUGAAAAAAUGUAGAACCUUUGUAUGUAUUUCUUUUCUUUGUUUAGUCAUUUCAUUAUCCAUGUAACUGAUAUUUAUUUUUUUUUAAAUACAUCAGCAUUAUGAAAUCAGGGUUGAAUCAGUUAUUAGGCCUAAUGUGCUUUUCUUUCUUUAAACACAAUGCGUAACUUUCACAUUUCAACAAACAUUAAUUUAAAUAUUAUUUUGUUUAUAAAUAUGGUGAUUGUCAAGAAAAUGUUAGAAGGUUGCAAUGUGGGUGGCUAGAUUACACUAAUUACUAUUACAAAAUUUAUAAAUUAAAAAGUGGUAAUGCGAAUUUAAAUAAGGUAACAUCUAGAUAACUAGAAGAUAAUGGUUUCAAUUUUUUAUCAGCUGGAAAAAAAUGUAUUUGGCCAUUGUCUCUUUUUAAAUCCAUUAUAAAGCACUUUAUAUCAAAUAUAUAUGUAAUACAUUAGUAUGAUCCCUUUCAUUUUUAAAUUAGACUUUUACCUAGCUAUCUGUUCCACCAAUUUGCAUACAGUUUCUUUUUAGCCAUCAUCAUAAAUUCAGGAUUUCAUUUGUUGUUGUGUUUUUUUUGGCCAAAAUAUUUUAUUGUAAUUAGUCUCUUUGUUUAUUUACAUUUGAAAAUCUGUUUUGUCUCCGUCCACGAUGUUUGUGAACAUAAAAUUAAUUAGUGAUUAUCCGUGUUUAAGGGGAAAAGUUUUGGUCUAUUUUUCUUGAUAAACCAAAAGAUUGCUAAAUUGUUUCAAACUUUCGUUUGUUUGUAAAACUUUACACACACUUUUCUAAUUUGUAAACUAGAUGACUGCUGUCUUUAUGCACUAACAUAAGGAUUAAAGGAUGUUUACAUUUUAAAGUUCUGUAAAGGUAACUUUUGUUUGAUAAAAAAAUUUGAGUGUUAUUUGUUUUGAGGACUCCUUAACAAUUUAGAACUUUUAAACUUAUUGUUUUGUAUACAUUGAGAAGUUGCCAGUGCUUGAUUUCGAGCAUUUCUUCAAGCAGUGGAUAACUCAAUUAUAUAGUUGUUUAUUUAGCUUAAUUCCCUUGGUAUUUGAGCAGCUGUCUCAAACUGACUUGCCUGUAAGAAAACUUCUAGUUAAUGUUUUACCCUCAUAAAGUCAGAUAGUCUUGAGCUCAUCAUUUUUAAAGUUGUUUUUUUUUACUGAGGAAACAUUAUUAGUUUGAUAGAGCAAGAUUCUUUGUUGAUAGCGCUAAUGAAAGUGUUAGAGUGUUGUUAUAACAUGAGAAAAAUGUUUAUAUUUUUUGCUUUUGGAAUUUAAAAUUUAACAGACAAUCUCAGUUGUAUCUUUGUGUUAGUGAAGAGAAAUGUUUUACUAACAGUUUUCUGAAUAACUUUAAAAGAUUAUUGAAGAUGUGUAUAAUAUUGUUCCUAUACAAAAAUUGUGUUUCUAGAAAACGUAACACUUAAGAACAUGUACACUUUUUCCAGUAAAGGUUUUGUAUUGAGAAUACAAUGGGCUCUUGCAGGCUUGAUUGAUAUUUUUUAGUAGCCUAUUUGUGAUUUUUAAAAAUAUUGUAGAAAUCACUUCUAUUGUUUUCUAAGGUCAUUUUCUUAUCUUGUUAUUAUCUUGACUCACUUUCUGUAGUCUAAUUUAAGUAUAAUUUUUAUUAUUAUUGCUUAUGACUUUUAAGUAUUGAAUCAUUAGAUUCAAAUCAUAGUGAUUCAGAGUUAAUAAAAUAUUACCAAUUUUAACUUUCCACAAAAUUAAGACUUUUUACUUCUGUUUUCAAUUAACAACACCACACUUUUUUUUGUUCUCUACCUACUUUUCAGAUUUUUGUUGUUAUUAUGAGUGAUUCACAUAAACAUAUUUAUAGAUCAAGUAAAUCAUGUUAACUUUAUGAUACAGAUUUUUUUGUACACACAGUUGUACUAUAUUUUUAAUACCUCAGAUGUGUGACUCUUAAUACUUGACCUAGAUACGGGGAGUAACCCUUGUGGGAUUUUGGGCAUGACAUGGUUUGAAUUGUGCCAAAAAUCCUAAACUAAACUAUAUUUGACUGAACACAUUAUAUCUCUGUAGUUAAGUAUAUUGUACAUUGAUGACUAGAUGGUUUGAUUGUGUGUGUGCUUUGUUUAUCAACCUAUUUGAUAGUGACUGAUCUGUGAUACAUAGAAACUUGGAUUGCUAGAAUUUAUUAAAUUUUUCAUUUUAUUUUAUUCAUACAUUGUAAUAAAUAUUAUUGUCUACAUUAAAAUGAUUCUAGAUAAA